AUGCUUAAAGGUGAUACAGGGUGUUCCAUAUGGCCAUCGAGUCUGUUUCUAUCCGAGUUAAUACUUUCUCAUCCAAAGUUGUUUUCUAAUAAAUCUUGCUUUGAGAUUGGCUCAGGAGUUGGCUUAGUUGGAUUAUGUCUUGCACAUGUGGAAGCUUCCAAGGUGAUAUUAAGUGACGGGGACUUAUCAACUCUAGCUAACAUGAAGUUUAAUUUGGAGUUGAACCACCUCAAUAUCGAAUCUGACAUGCCACAAGGAAGUGAAGAUCCAAGCAUGGUAAGUCUGAAUCUGCAUGGACUCUUUCGGAUUCUGAUUUUAUACAUAUAUAUGCAAUCCUGACACCAUUCAUCUCUCAGUAUUCUAUAGACCAUUAAUAUGUGCUUCAACUUAUUACCUUAUCUC